GUGAAGGUGACAUUGACACAGACAGACAUCCUGGGAGAGCGGGAGGGAGAGGGAGAGGUAGAGCGGCGAUGGUGAGAGACAUAGAUGAUCUGCCGAAGAACGAGGCGAACUUCUCGGCUCUCACGCCGCUAUGUUUCCUGGAGCGGGCCGCGACGGUUUACCCGGACCGGCUGUCGCUGGUCCAUGGCUCGGUCACCUUCACUUGGCUCCAAACUUAUCAGCGGUGUCGCCGGUUGGCCUCCGCUCUCUCCAGGCACUCCAUCAGCAGCGGUAGCACGGUGGCAGUGAUUGCGCCGAACGUGCCUGCCAUGUAUGAAGCUCAUUUUGGGGUUCCCAUGGCCGGAGCUGUACUAAAUUGCGUUAAUAUCCGUCUAAACGCACCGACCACUGCAUUUCUUCUCGGCCAUUCAUCUUCUUCCGUGGUAAUGGUGGACCAAGAAUUCUUCCCUUUGGCUGAGGAAGCACUGCAGAUAUUAGCGGAGAAGGGCGAGAAAGACUACGAGCCUCCGCUUCUGAUAGUCAUAGCCGACAGAAGCUGCGACCCGGGAAAGCUCGAACAUGCUCUAGGAAAAGGGGCGGUCGAGUACGAGAAGUUCUUGGAAACUGGCGAUCCGGAGUUCACCUGGGAACCGCCGGAAGAUGAGUGGCAGAGCAUUAGCCUCGGUUAUACUUCCGGCACGACCGCCAACCCGAAGGGAGCGGUAUUGAGCCAUCGAGGCGCAUACCUGAUGUGCAUACAUUGCCCUCUUGUCUGGGGGAUGAACGAAGGAGCCAUCUACUUGUGGACUUUGCCUAUGUUCCACUGUGAUGGUUGGUGUUUCACCUGGUCGCUGGCAGCUUUCUGCGGAACCAGCAUCUGCCUCAGGCAGGUCACGGCGAAGGCAGUUUACUCGGCUAUAGCCGAACAUGGAGUGACUCACUUCUGCGCUGCGCCGGUGGUUUUGAACACCAUAGUCAAUGCCGCGCCCGAAGAAACCAUUCUCCCUCUCCCUCACAAGGUCCACGUAAUGACCGCCGGUGCCGCCCCGCCCCCUUCUGUUCUUUCAGCAAUGUCCGAGAAAGGCUUCCGGGUUACGCACGUAUACGGCCUCUCUGAAGUGUCCGGUCCUUCCACGAUCUGUGCGUGGAAGCCCGAGUGGGAUUCGCUGCCGCCGGAACAUCAGGCUCGCCUCCAUGCGCGGCAGGGAGUUCGUGGCACGGUGCUCGAAGGUCUCGACGUUGUGAGCACUAAAGACAUGAAACCCGUCCCGGCCGACGGCAAAACCACUGGAGAGAUCGUGAUGCGGGGCAACACGGUCAUGAAAGGCUACUUAAAGAACCCGAGAGCCAACCAGGAGACUUUCGCAGGGGGAUGGUUCCAUACGGGAGAUCUCGGCGUGAAACAUCCCGACGGAUACAUCGAAAUCAAGGACAGGUUAAAGGACAUCAUCAUCUCCGGAGGCGAAAACAUAAGUAGUUUAGAGAUCGAGAACACGUUGUACACUCACCCGGCGAUUUUGGAGGCAUCCGUGGUGGCGAGGCCCGACAGCCGAUGGGGAGAGUCGCCUUGUGCUUGGGUGACACUCAAGCCGGGAGCGGAUACGUCCGAUGAGCGGAAGCUAGCGGACGAGAUAAUGAAGUUUUGCCGGGAGAAGAUGCCGGGUUAUUGGAUCCCGAAGUCGGUCGUGUUCGGGCCGUUGCCGAAGACGGCGACCGGGAAGAUACAGAAGCAUCUGCUGAGGGCCAAGGCAAAGGAAAUGGAACCUGUCAACUAUAUCAAGUCGUGAUUUGGCGCCGCGGUUGAGAUGGGUCUGAUCUCUCUCCCCUUGGUUUUUUCGGCUGUGAAUGAAUCGUUAAGAGGCGUAGCAACGACGGGCUGUGGAGGCGGUCUACUCUUAACUGGCUUUGAACAGAACUUGACCUC